GUAGCUCCCAGCUCAGCCACUCCGUGAACUAUCGUGGCCUCGGUGUACGAGACCUGUCCUGUUCUGUCCUGCUUUACAUCUUGUCGCUGCAUCUUCGUGCGCUUGCACUGAUUCGACGGCGUGGAUCUUGCUUGUGUGCUGCAGCGCAACAUGAACAAGUUCAAAGGACUGCUCGGCAGAACGAAGAGCCUGAGAAACGGGAGUUGGAACAACAGCACCAAGCAUGAAGAUGCCUCGUCCGACUCGCCCGAAGCGAACGCGCCCAGGGCUAUCCGCCUCUUCUGCGAAUCCGGAUCCCAGAACAACGGCGGCGAGGAAGUCCUACACCUCCCGGUGAUCGUCGAAUCCGCCGAGUCGUCGCCCGCAGCAGCAGCGGCGGCUGCGAACCAAAUCAAAAGAUUCUUGGGAAAGGCAUGGUCGUCGCAGCCACAUGUCCAGUACAAUGCCAUUAUGCUCAUCCGCAUCUUGUCAGACAAUCCAGGGCCGCAGUUUACGCGUAACUUUGAUAUGAGCUUCGUGAGCACCGUGAAAGAAAUGCUCAGAAACUGCAAGGAUCAGAGCACUCAGCAGAUUCUUCGUGAGACGCUCGAUCAUCUAGAGAACGACAAGGCAAAUGAUGAAGGCCUCCAGGGCUUGUUUUAUAUGUGGCGCAAAGAGAAGGGUCAUGCCGCGAGCUUCAGCGAAGGUGGAUUCAGGGGGCCAGAUAUGGCGCGCGGGUCGCACAUGCCUCCCAAUGGGUAUCAACAGCCGGGUCUGGGGCACGAGAGAUCUGCUGGCUCCGGACGGAGACACCGGGAGUCAGGCUUGCCUUCUGCCGUCGAACUCGCGAGUAGGGUUGAGGAGGCAAAGAACACUGCGAAAAUCCUGUUGCAACUGGUGCAAAGCACGCCGACCGAGGAGGUGCUGGGCAACGAACUGAUCAAAGAGUUCAGCGAGAGGUGUAACACGGCACAGAAGAGCAUGCAGAUAUAUAUCAACGCAGAAAACCCAGCGCCCGACCAUGAUACCAUGCAGACGCUCAUUGAAACAAAUGAGCAGCUCAGUCUGGCUAUCAGUCGGUACCAACGCGCGCUCCUGGCUGCUAGACGUGCAGCGGGAGCAUCACAUAGUCCUCAGCAGGACCAACAGUCUCCGCAAGAGGGCGCCCAUUCUGGGUAUGGUGCCUUUGCCUCGUCGUCUUCUGGUCCGUCUUCAUUACAUCAGCAACAAUCCAGCAAUGCGUUCACGCCAGCUCCGGGAACUCAGACCAAUGGCUACUAUAAUCAGGGUGCAGGCGAGAACCAGGCAUACGGGCAGCAGACCUUUGGAGGAUACCAAGCACCCGCAGGGCCUCCUCCGAACCGCAGUCCUGCACCACAGAUACCUCCAUCGCAGCCGCAGCAAGCUGUCAAUCCAUUCGCGGAUCCAGAGCCGAACCAGUAUGGCGCCUUUCAACCUCCUUCACAACAACAACGACAAUCGCAGCAGCAGCAGCAACCACCACCACCACCACAACAACAAGCAUAUCACCCGCAAACCGUAUCGUUCGAUGACUUUGAUCAACAACACCAACCUCUCCAGCAUUCUCGAACAUUCACCAUCGAGAACGAACCCACAUUUGCAGCACCCAACCGAAAAAAUACCAACGAGCUCGAGAAUGCAUACUCGGAUGACCACGCCAAGGUAUCUCCGGUGCUCACUCGGGACGAGCAGUUUGUGAGUCCCGCGUCACCUCAGCGGCCCGGUCUGGGCGCAUACCAUCAGAGCGACAUCACGCAGUCGUAUGUGGGCAGACAAGAGAGUGCUUUGAAUGGGUUGACCAUGCAUGGCGCCGUCGGAGCACCCACUCCCAAUGACCAGUCGAAUUCAGCGUACGAUGUGAGUCCGAUUGAAACGAGGCGGUAGCAGUAGUUCUUCUUCCUUGGAUCGCAGUGGAGAAGAUGAAUGGGAUGGAUCUAAGUCGUCGAAGCGAGAAAUGAUUUUUUUCGAUUCGUUCAUAAGGUACCUCCUUUGGUAUAUGAAAGCGGGAUUUUUUUGUUUCCUUUGAAUUUGGAUUUGAGAUACCUCCUUGUCGAUUUGAUGUUGUUGCUGUUUGGUUAUUGGUCUUUUAUACCUUGAUUUUAUACACACCUAGGUACGUAGGGUAUAUGUCAGGUAUGUAUGUAUACACACACGUACACGCUUACCUACCUUACCUACCUUACCUAGGUACAUGUAAUAUCAAC